GGAGAUUGCUUUCUGUGGAUCUAAUUCAGGCAGGUGACUAUGGAAAGCAGUGGUAGAUUCACGAGGCGGCACGUGGUAGCGAUGCCGUAUCCAGGAAGAGGACACAUCAAUCAUAUGAUGAACUUCUGUACUAAUUCUAAUUUUUGAGCUUCAUUUGGCGGAUGGUGGUUCGUCUGCAGUCAACCUCGACGAUUUUACUAGGAACAUUCUAUAGUACCAAUGUGCGUGAUCAGUAUGGUUAGAGUUAUAUAUCAUUAACUCUAGUGACUGUAACGCGUCAAGAUGGAUAGAAUGAGCAACCCAUCCAUGCCUGUGAAUGCUACCAUGUUUACUUUUACUUAGUAGUUAAGAAUGUCCAUUACUUGCUGUUGUUAUUUCUGUCUGAAUUUCGAACAUGUUUGGGUGUUUUUUUGUUGCACAUUUGGCCACACUGUGUGAACAACCCCAAUACAGGUGCUGUUAACAGAAAAUAACAAAGGCUUCCUUUUAAAAGUUUAGAAAUUCCAAUUUGAAUGGUUAGUGCAGAGAUCUGCAAUGGGGAUCAUGGUUGUUUGAUCUGUACCAGCAGCACCGAUUUUGCUCUAAGCCGAAAAUUGAAGUUGGAUCUUCAAUAUUUCCAGCAUGAGCAAUUGAGUUUCUACUGGUCCAGAUCAACCAAGCCAUACAAGCAACAACUGGGAAUAACUGAUCAGCUCCAGUAUAAUCAUCUUUACGAGGAUUAUUCAGCUGCUGCAAUAUCAAAAGAUAUUUUCCCAUGCCAAAAGUUGGAGCUUCGUCAUAUUUGACUUGGGAUACUCGUCACCCAUUAUCUAUUCAGUGGCGAGUGACGGUCAAACUCAGGCAGGUGACCAUGGAAAGCAGUACUAAAAUCAACAGAUUGCAUGUGGUAGCAAUGCCAUAUCCAGGAAGAGGACAUAUCAAUCCUAUGAUGAACUUCUGUAAGCUUUUAAUAACCAAAUUUUUAGUUAAGGAUGAUAUCAGAGUCACUUUUGUUGUUACAGAAGAGUGGCUCGGUUUGCUUGAGUCAGAGUCAAGAUUACCGCCUCAGAUUCAGCUUCAUUCAAUUCCGAAUGUAAUACCCUCUGAAUUGGGGCGAGGAUUGGACCAUAGUGGUUUCUCUGAAGCUGUCCGAACAAAAAUGGAAGACCCAUUUGAGCAGUUUCUGGACAAGUUACAACAAAAGGAUGAUCCUGGUGUGGGGGUCACGGCUAUCAUAGCUGACACCAUAUUGGCAUGGGCAGUUUCUGUUGGUAGCCGGAGGAGCAUUCCAGUGGUUUCUCUUUGGCCGUUGUCGCCUACUGUGUUCUCUAUUGUUUAUCACAUCGAUCUUCUUAAGCAGAAUGGUCAUUACCCAGUUGAUUUCUCUUCAGACGAGCUAAUAGACUAUAUUCCUGGAGUUUCACCCAUAAGAUUAGCUGACAUGCCAGCAUCAUUGGAUCUGUCUCGCAAACGAUCCUUUACUAUUGCGGAAAAUGUUUCUGCAGCUCCUAAAGCACAUUGUCUUCUUCUCACUACCUAUUAUGAAUUAGAGCCUCGAGUUACAAAAGCUUUAAUGGAAAUACUUCCCGUACCUGUGUACGCUAUUGGUCCUUCAAUACCUCUUCCCACGACACUGAGGGAUGAUCAUGACAGAAGAAAUAUCAUUUCCAAUGUGGACACAGAUGAGUACUACUUGAAAUGGCUAGAUGCCCAGCCAGAAAGAUCUGUCCUAUAUGUCUCAUUUGGUAGUUUACUAUCAGCUUCUAGUGAACAGAUGGAAGAGAUAUUGGCUGGGCUAUUUGAAAGCGGCGUUAUAUACUUGUUGGUUUCACCUGGUGGAAAAGAAAGUAUCAAUGACAAUGAGAUGGACAAGUCUCGAAGUUUGGUAGUUCCCUGGUGUAACCAAUUGAGAGUACUCUGCCAUUCAUCCGUAGGAGGAUUUUGGACGCAUUGUGGUUGGAAUUCGAUUCUUGAAGGAGUUUAUGCGGGUGUGCCCAUGCUUACUUCUCCCGUAGGCUUAGAUCAAUUUACUAGUAGAGCACUAGUUGUGGAUUGUUGGAAAAUUGGAAUGAAUAUAAUAAAAGAAGUUGGAGCAGAAAUAUCGGUAAAAAGAGAAGAAGUUGCAUUGACUGUUAAAAACUUCAUGAACUCGAAUGGGGACAAUGAAGAGAGUAAACUGAUGAUGACCAGAGCUAACGAACUCAAGAAGAGUUGCAGACAAGCAUUGGCAAAAGGCGGUUCGUCUACUGCCAACCUCGACGAUUUUAUUAGAAACAUUCUGCGGAACUAACACUAUUAGUUGAUUCAAGCAUCGGCAAAGGGUAACUAGUUGAUUCAAGCUGAACAGCAGAUUGCUGUUUGUGGCUUUUACUAUGUUAAAAUUUCAUGCCCCACCACCCAUGUGGGCUGUCUGUACUUUCGAAUAAAAUAAACGUAGAAGUCAACGAUUUCGUGAUGAGUUAAAUUUGCUGGCAAAAGCUAGAUGAGACUAAAUUAUAAUCCAUAAUCAUUGGUAAACUGAAUAUCACCAUUGUUGUCCAACUUUACUUAAAAAUUUCUCAUUCAGUA